AUGAGGGGGAUAGCCGCACGAUCGAAGCGCAGCCUGGGCUGGAGUCUAUUUAUCCUGAAACACGAGGCAGAACAAAAGACCGCUUUUCUCCAAGACAUAAACAAUAUCUGCACCCAAGUACCCGGAGGUGGUAUAGUGAUCGAGUCUGGCGUUUGCUGCUGCUGGCUAUCCGACCGUAAUUCCCGACAGCUCUCCGAAAAUGGGCUUGCCCAGUUGUUCCAGAAUUUGCCCCGGAAAUGCUUGGUGCUGCUGGAGGAUGUUGACUCAUGGUGUGGCGGCACAGGAGGGCCGGGUCGGGUGCUCAUCAUGACUACGAACCAUUUGGAUCGAUUGGAUUCAGCCCUCAUACGGCCGGGGUGUGUUGAUUGCCAACCGCUCUGUAUCAAUAAAAAUAAAAGCCCGGAGAGAGGUUCAGUCUUUCCCGACAAGAUUCCUGAGAAUACCUCUUCUCCCGCAGACAUACAAGGGUUCUUGCUGAAAAACAAAACAUCCCCUGAAGACGCCGUAGCUCAUGUUGAAUUACGAGUCCAGGGACGGCUUGAAGAGAUAAAAGCUCAAACACUAGAGCCAACACAUUCAAACAUAGACCAGGGGGGAGCAUCAGACGACGCGGACGACGGGGCCACAGACCCGUCGGGAGGCGAGAGGUCAAUAAAUAGCAAGGCAGCAAUAUAAACCUGGACAAAAGAAGUCAAGUUGAUUUCCAAAGAGAAGAGAGGAGGACAAGAAAGAAAAGCAAGCAGUCCAAGAGGGUGUAAAAUAGGCAACAUUCUCAAGACCUGCCCCUCUUCGAUUACCUAUCGCGCAUGCUUAAAAUCUUACUCCCAAAAGCUUAGGGGACCAUUCGCAUGAUAUACACAGCACACGAGCUUCAAAAAAGUGAGAGAAAAUCACUCUUCGGAAGGUUCGGGUCGCUCCUCUGAACAAAACGUCACCCGUCGGCAUGGAGCGGAAAGACUAAUUUAAUAGAAGCG